AUGCAAAUUGAAUCCACAAUCUGUCAGUCGAAACGAAAACAGCAACAACACCAAACGGCAACCGUAUACAACGAUCAAAAAUCACAAGCCUCGUCAUCGCGAUCAGUUUUUAACUGUUUCAAAACAGCGACGAAUAAUAUCACAAAAAUGUCGAGAACAGGAUUCGCGGAUACAAAGUAUGUGCUGCAAGUGCGUGCAAAACGAUCGCUCAGAUCGUUUAAGCCGUGUGCAGUGCUAUGCAAAUCCUCAUAUGAAGCCACCUCAUCGAGACUAUUCGACAUUUCAUUGAUGCCGAAUAGAACAGCUCGAUUACGUUAUGAUAAUCAACAGGAUCGUAGUGACCAGCAGAUGGUCGUAUUUGCAUUUACGGCGACACUUAAUAACGCUGGACAGCAGUCGUUGAUACUGGCCGAUAGAUUCAACGAGAUAUCGUUGGAUGGGAAUGAUGUGCUGAAGUUGAAUUGUUUGGCGAGAUUGUUCGGAAUUGGUGAUGAUUUGGAAGUGGAGUGGUGGAAGGACGGUCACUUCAUACCGAAUUCAAAUGGUACACUCAUCAUUAGCAAUGCGAAUAGUGAUGAGCAUUUGGGCACAUAUCGGUGUGUGGCUGAAGUGGCAACAUUUUCAACAGAUUUAUUUUCGUCAUAUUUCAUUAAUCGAAUCAAAAGAUCCUCAGAUAUGCCAUCUGGAAAGGUGUUGAGUAAUGCCAUCAUCAUCAAACAUGCUGAAAGUGCUAUGUUUAUUUCACAUCCACAAAGUGUCACAUCACCGGAACAUACAUCGUUACGAUUGGAAUGUGCAAUUAAUAGUGGUAUUCGUCCACCACGACAUACGCUCAAAUGGUACCAAAAUGGUACAGCGAUCGAUNUAAUGUAUGGAUUUGGAUUGCGAAUUGAUGCAAUAUUUUUUCGUUCAUUUACCGUUGUUUUUGUGAAUUGCAGUUAUACAGUAAGUGGAUCAUCUUUAUUGCAUAUCGUUGAUGCGUAUCGCAAUGAUAGUGGACAAUACCAUUGUGAGUAUGACAGUAAUUUGAGAAGUAACACGGCAAAUGUCACGGUCGUGGUGUCUGGUCGAAAUACUGCAGAAGAAUCGAUUGAAGAAAGUGACGAUAAGUUCUUAUUGGUGCGACGAUUACCUCAUGAAACAGUGGUGAAUAUUGGUGAAAGUAUCGUCAUUGAAUGUUUAUUCUAUCACCCGUCUGUUGUCAUCUCAUGGACUGCGAUCAACGAGUACGGUCAAACGAUUCGUAUCAAAGAUGAUUCACCGAUUUCGAAUACCUCCAAAACGGCGAUUAAAAUCAUGAAUGCAUCCGAGGAUAUGAGUGGUACUUAUACUUGUUAUGGUGCAUUCGAUGGAAGCAUCCGACGCUUCUCUACAAUACUUACUGUUCGAGGUUUGUUAAUAGCAUUAGCAUUCGAUCCGAAGUUGGAUUUAACGGCAAUUGCUGUAGCCAAUUGCUUAGAGAUUAAUAUUGUGACACUGAUGGUGAAAGAAAAGCUGCCUCCAUUACUGUUAAUGCAAUAUUUGGUAAGUCGUAUGACAAAAACACAAGGCACCACAACUCGACUACAGUGUGCAGCAGUGAAUGAACCUGAAGAUGCAUCGUUUGAUAUCAGCUGGUAUAAGGAUGGUACUAAAAUUGUACCAUUCGGUCGAGUCAAGUUACUACCCGAUGAGGGCUAUUCGUCGCAAAUAGUUGAAGACGAAGUUGGUGUGACAUCGGUUGAGUUUUCAAAAGAUUUACUCAUUUCAAGUGUACAACAGAGUAACCAGGGUCUCUAUCAGUGUAUCGUGAAGAAUUCGAUCGGUGAAAAAACGGCAGUGGUCGGCCUGAAUGUAGAUGCUGAUUUCGAUUCGCGUAUCACUGAUCUCACUAUUACUACUGAUCAUCAGAAUGCACAAUUCGAUCUCGAAUGGAAACUGCCAAUGAAUGUUGAUUUUGUUCAAGCACAGAGCUCUAUAUUUCUUCUCAAUUAUUAUCUCGCGAAUGGUGGAAGCGCUAAUAACGUACCACUGCGUAACGUGCAUUGCACAGCGGAUAAUCGAUGUCGUGCAAAAUGUUGCUCAUCGAAUUUUGCAUUCCUUCCCAGACAUAACUACACCUUUCAAAUGUCAACUCUAUUGACCAUUGAUAAAGUGGCCAAAAUUAGUCCGCUAUCAGACGCAGUCUCUGUGGUUUCGUGGGACGGAGCAGCAAAGAAAGCAUUGGAUCUGUAUAUAAGUUCACCGAAAGAGAAUACGAUUCUGAUCAGAUGGAAUCACCCACCUGAGAAUAUUUCAAAUGGUAUUGUUCAGAGUUAUUCGAUCGAUUACUACAAAGUGGCAAGUGUUGGUGGUAACGAUGAGACAUCACGACAUCUUCGAACGGCCAGUCUGGAUGUCACGUCGAAUGAAUUCACCGUCAACGCUGUUCAACCGGGAGAAACGUAUCGUUUCCGUGUGAUACCCGUAACUCGUUUCGGGUUUCCAUCGAAUAUGAUGCUGAAGUCGAAUGCAAAUUUCACCUUCAUCGCCUACACAGCUGAAAGUGUUUCGAGCGCUCUCAAACCAUCAUUGGAUGCACCUGUGCUGGACAUUAAACAGAACAAUGAAAGUUCGCUGGAAAUAAUGUGGUCGAAUAGCAGUGAUGAUAAGAUGCUGGAGAAUGAUGAAGGCAAUCAAGCAACAAUUCUGUUGAAGUACGCAAAAGCAAGCGGUGGCCUGUUGCGCGAGAAAGCUGUUGAAGUUCCAUACAGAAACUACCGAUUAACGUUAAACGAUCGCUUUGAUGGAGGUUACGCGUAUCAGUUCUGUGGUCGUCUCUAUGUUGGUGCAGAAUAUGGUGCAGACUAUUGCCGUAUUUUUCGGAUGUCACCAAAAUCGUUGAACGAUAUUUUCGGCGAUAUCACGAGCCGUACUCAACUGCCCAAACCCGUUCGUUGUGAAAAUGGUCGGUUUAUGAGCACACAUUGUAUUUAUAAUCAUUUGCAGAAGUGUGUUGUCAAUAAUGAUGGUAUUAUCAAUGAUGAUAAUUUAACAGAUGAUAAAGGAGAGAGCGAUUGCUACUGUGAACCGUCUCGUGAAUUCGGUGAUGCAAUGCGGGUAAUAUGGAAAUGGCCAUCUGAUGACUACAGUGCUGAUGAAUUCGUUGUUCAUUACACACUGGAUGAAAAUAACAUCGAAGAGGACGAUCGAAUGGUUAUCACUGAUGAAUUUUUUGCGGACUUGCCGAGUCUGAAAUCAAGUACCACGUAUCGUGUAAUGAUUGAGGCGCGCAAUAAAGCUGGUGGUGUUGAAGGGCUGUGGUUCAAUUGUACAACACCAACACUGAUGCAAAUACCAGCACCAAGUGAUGUCACAUACACGAAACUGAACGAGACUACGCUUGAGGUUAAGUGGAAAGCAGUUGUAGCGAAUCGACAGUGGAGCACACCCGUGGGCUAUGUGAUCCAGGUGCAGACUGCAUCCGCACCAACAUCGAAUAUUUUCGUUGAUGGUAUCAAUACGUUACGAUAUUUGUUGACGGUUCGACCAAACCUUCUGUAUACUGUACGGGUGGCGGCACGUUCAAGUAACGGCGAACUGGGUCAUCGUUCACCACCGUAUCUGUUGACAACCUCACGACAUUCCGGCUCGUCUCGGGGUGGUGUUGAUGAAGGGUCGAGAAGACGCGUGUUCUGGUCACGAUCGAAUCGAGAGGCGUUCCUGAUUGGUGUGGUGGUUUUAGUCGGUCUUUUGACCCUUUGUUUUGCAGCAGUUUGUGCACAUUUCAGGCUGAAACGACGAAAACUGCAGAUGAGUCUUAGCAGUGCUGGUAUUCACUCGAUCAGGAGCACCACUAACUUUCCUUCGUCCACAUUACGUUCGUAUGAAAUGGAGGGAUUGCUGAGAGCGAGAGCAUCGGAAUGUGGUGGUGUUGGUAAUAAUAACAAUCGAAUUAUAAGAAAUAAUCUCAAUGGCAUUUGCAACAACAGUAAUAGUAAUAAUAAUAAUGGUGGUGGUCGUUGUGUGAUGAUCAACGCCACAAGCAAUAUCAAUCACUCAACAAAUAAUAUCAAUCAUGAAAAUAAUGCCCUCAGUGAUAAUAUCGUCACAAUCAAUAAUGCUAAUAGCAACGAUGCUAACACUGUACAAGAAAGUCAAUUACUGUUCGAUUCGGCACGUUCAUCGUUGACCGAAUGUAAUAUCUCAACGUCGUUGUUGAUUGACAACGCGAUAAAUCUGGACACAAAAGGUGGUGAAUUAGGGGCAUUACCGAGUGGACGGGACAAAUUUGAGAAGUUCGUUUUUGUGGAUCUCUUUAAAUGUUGA